UUGGCGUCACGGUGCAUGACAUGACAAUCAGCUACAAAUACACCAGUAAGUAUUUAUUCUGUUUCCUUUGUUCUUUGUUCUUACAACCCUUCUUACACCAGUAUCAUCUGCCCGUUAGAUUCAAUAUUUCUCAUCAUGUCGCAGCCUUUGUUCUUUCUAACAGAAGACGAAAAGACAAUCCUGAGUGGCAUUCGCGGCCGCUCCCUAGUCGAGCUUGAACGAUCUAUCGCGAUGUCUCCCACAAAUGCUUUGGACGUCUGGAGAAGUUUUUGGCCUGAAGUAGUCGGCAUCCUGACGAAGAUUAAGUUGGCCGUCAAGCUUGACGAUGAAAGAAUUGCUUCGAUCUCCUUUCAGAAUCAUCUGGACGAUACAGUGCUCCCUGUCUGGACUUACAUCGACACCAUGCUGAUGAUGGUGCCUGUGAGUGAGAGCGGGGACAUCUCGCCCCUACUGGCUACUACGCCGGACUUUUUAUCGCAUCUCGCUCAUGCGUGUCUUGCCACGAUCGUUCCAGUGGCCACUCCCCAGAAUCCCUCUUCCGAGUCUCUCCUGUCGACUAUGGAGGCGUUCACUCGAAUUGGCCGUGUGACAAAUCGGCUAUAUCUCGAUCUCAUCGAGACGGAGAACGAUGUCGAAGCUGAGAAUCUUCUCAAAAGCUUCAUCUCUAUAUCUCCCCCUACCGACAGCGCACGACACGUCACUGCUCUGUGUCUUGUUCGCGCGAUGCACGAGGUCGCAUAUGCCAGGAGCACUCCCACGGAGAACUUCGAUCCGUCCAUCCUCGAAUUCGUUAUGUUUAUCUUCGAGCGACUCGCAGCCUACGACAACGAUGUCUAUCGCGCCUCUUUGAAGAACGGGUCUAUCGCCGUCAUUAGUCGCGUCACGGCGUUCUUGACGUCCCAAACCCAACGGUUUGCGUCGGACCUUUUCGCCUUUAAAGCAAGAAUUUUUGCCCUUCGCGAAUGCCUGCUCUACUUCUGCGUCUGUUUUCAAGAAAGCCACCAUUGGGUUAACAAGGCGUUGGAAGAAGAUAUCCUCCUUUCGUUUGUUCUAUGCUUCUCCUUGAUCAAGAAGUGCGAUUCUUUCUCUCCAAAAAUCGGUAGCAUCUUGGAGGAACCCCUCAUCCUUAUUCUCCAGAUCUUGUGGUGCUACACAAAAUGCUAUCUAUCCGUAGAGACCCACAUCGAGAAAGAAGUGGAUCGUGUCGACGAUCUAAAUAUGAUUGAAGAAGACGAAGGGCUUUGGGCUGCUUGGGCUCCGAAGGCGCAUGAGAUGUGGUGUGUGCUUGCUGUCGAGGCAAAUGAAAGGACAACCAGAGGGCUCUCCGAUACCUUCUGGGACCCCAAAAGACCGCAUUCGGCAUCGGCUUGUGCAUAUAAGCAGUGUCGUGCCCUUUCGGUCAAAACCCCUAAAGCAUGUUCAUCUUGCCGUGUACCUUCGUAUUGUUCAAAAGGUUGUCAACGCUCAGAUUGGAAAUCCGGGCAUAGAGACAUGUGCAAGAAAAUUUGUUCAGAACGACAAGGUGAUUAGGUUUAACUUCCGUGAUGAUGAAUCGCGAAUCUCAUCCCAUGUACUAUGCGUAUCAAGAUGGCUUUCCUGGUCCAAUUCCAAGCCUCGACAAGGCGUAUGCUGCAUUCACUAUGAAGAUUAUCCAAGUCAUGAAUACUAAACUUGUAAUCGAAAAGUUGGCGGAAUACCUACAGAAUCAUCCCGAAACUCGCUCCUCUCAACAGAUGCACGCUACACUCAACUAUCGAACAUUUCCACCCGAGGUCAC